AGCUGAAAAUGUCCGAAACAUCCACCAUCACCUUUGGAGGCAGGAGAUCAGUCCCACCCAACAACUCCAAUGCUUUGGAAGAUGACCUCCCUACUAUGGAGCUGCAGGGUCUGGUGCCCCGAGGUGUCAGCCUGCAAGACUAUCUGAAUGUCACAAGUGUUCACCUGUUCAAGGAGAAAUGGGACACCAAUAAGGUGGACCACCACACUGACAAGUAUGAAAACAACAAGUUGAUCGUACGUCGAGGACAGACUUUCUACAUCCAGGUUGACUUCAAUCGUCCAUAUGACCCCAGAAGGGAUCUUUUCAGGGUGGAGUAUGUCAUUGGUCGCUACCCUCAGGAAAACAAGGGCACCUACAUCCCUGUUCCUGUUGUCUCAGAACUACAAAGGGGAAAGUGGGGGGCCAAAGUUGUCAUGAGAGAGGACAGGUCCGUCCGGCUGGCUGUCCAGUCGUCUCCAGAGUGCAUUGUGGGGAAGUUCCGCAUGUAUGUUGCUGUCUGGACCCCCUACGGCAUAAUCCGCACCAGCCGAAACCCCGAAACGGACACAUACAUCCUCUUCAAUCCUUGGUGUGAAGAGGAUGCUGUGUAUCUGGAUGAUGAGAGAGAACGAGAAGAGUAUGUCCUGAAUGACAUAGGAGUUAUUUUCCAUGGAGACGUCAAGGACAUUAAGAACAGAAGCUGGAACUAUGGUCAGUUUGAGGAUGGAAUCCUUGAUGCAUGCCUAUACGUGAUGGACAAAGCAAAAAUGGACCUGUCUGGUAGAGGAAAUCCCAUCAAAGUCAGUCGCGUUGGGUCUGCCAUGGUUAAUGCCAAAGAUGAUGAAGGUGUCAUUGUCGGAUCCUGGGACAAUGUCUAUGCUUAUGGAAUCCCUCCAUCAGCCUGGACAGGAAGUGUUGACAUCCUAUUGGAAUAUCGGAGUUCUGAGAAGCCAGUUCGGUAUGGCCAGUGCUGGGUUUUUGCUGGUGUAUUUAACACAUUUUUGCGAUGCCUUGGGAUACCAGCAAGAAUUGUUACCAAUUAUUUCUCAGCCCAUGAUAACAAUGCCAAUUUGCAAAUGGAUAUCUUCCUGGAAGAAGAUGGGAACGUGAAUUCCAAGCUCACGAAGGAUUCAGUGUGGAACUACCACUGCUGGAAUGAGGCCUGGAUGACAAGGCCUGACCUUCCUGUUGGAUUUGGUGGUUGGCAGGCUGUGGACAGCACCCCCCAGGAAAACAGUGAUGGAAUGUACCGGUGUGGCCCUGCCUCUGUUCAAGCCAUCAAGCAUGGCCAUGUUUGUUUCCAGUUUGAUGCACCUUUUGUUUUUGCUGAGGUCAACAGUGAUCUUAUUUACAUUACAGCCAAAAAAGAUGGCACUCAUAUUGUUGAAGCUGUGGAUUCCACCCACAUUGGGAAAUUAAUUGUGACCAAAAAAAUUGGAGGAGAUGGCAUGCAAGAUAUUACUGAUAGUUAUAAAUUCCAAGAAGGUCAAGAAGAAGAGAGACUGGCCCUUGAAACUGCCCUAAUGUAUGGAGUUAAAAAGCCCCUCAACACAGAAGGUGUCUUCAAACCACAGUCUGAUGUUGACAUGGACUUUGAAGUGGAAAAUGCUGUGCUGGGAAAAGACUUCAAAAUCACCAUCACUUUCCAGAACAACAGCUCCAACCUUUACAACAUCUCAGCCUAUCUCUCAGCCAAUAUCACCUUCUACACUGGAGUAGCCAAGGCCGAAUUUAAAAAGGAGACAUUCGAUGUGAUGCUGAAUCCCUUAUCCUUCAAGAAGGAGCAGGUGCUGGUCAGAGCCGGCGAGUACAUGGGCCAGCUGCUGGAACAGGCCUCCCUGCACUUCUUCAUCACAGCCCGUGUCAAUGAGACCAACAAUGUCCUGGCAAAGCAGAAGUCCAUGGUGCUGACAAUCCCCAAGGUGAUCAUCAAGGUCCGUGGUCCUAAAGUAGUUGGUUCUGACAUGGUUGUGACAGUCGAGUUCACCAAUCCUUUAAAAGAAAUUCUGAAAAACAUCUGGAUAUACCUGGAUGGUCCUGGACUGAUGAAACCAAUGAGAAAGAUGUUCCGUGAAAUCCAACCCAAUGCCACUGUGCAGUGGGAAGAAGUAUUCCGGCCUUGGGUCUCUGGUCCUCGGAAGCUGAUGGCCAGCCUGACGAGUGACACUCUGAGACACGUGUAUGGUGAGCUGGACGUGGAGAUUCAGAGACGACCUUCUGUGUAA